AUGGCGGAACAGAUCCAAGAAUGGGUCGUCGACGAGCCCUACCUUCAUCACCCGGCACUCCUAGGCGAAGGCCCGCACUACAACCCCUCCACCAACACCCUCCGCUUCCUGGACAUCAACUCCAACAAAUUGCACACCCUCGACCUCAACAAAGGCCCCUCCAGCUUCCGCACCAUCGACACGCACAUCCCCAUCGGCGUCACCGCCGACAUCGCCGGCGAGGAUUCCUCGAAAGUCAUCCUCACCGGCUCCAAGGACGGCGUCACGAAAUUCUACCUCGAUGAAGAGGGGAGGGAAGACAAGAAGGCUAAGGCGAAUGAUGGGAAUGUUGAUCCCAAGGGCCGGUUUUGGGUCGAGGCAUUUGUGACGCCGGAGAUUGAGGAGCCGAAUGAUCGGGAGGGGGUGCUUUGGCGGAUGCAGGGUGGGAAUGGGACUUGGAGCUUGAAAGAAGCGAUGACUAACAUGACGAUUCCGAAUGGAAUCAGCUGGACGGCGGAUAGGAAGUGGAUGUAUGUUACUGAUUCGCCAGUGCAGAGGGUGUAUCGGUUUCCCUGGAACGAGGAGACGGGGGAGGUGGAUGUUAGUGAUCGAGAGUCGAAGAUCUGGUAUCAGGAAUCUGAAGAAGGCAUGUUUCCGGAUGGACAUGUGAUGGACGUCGAGGGAAAUAUUUGGCAGGCGUUCUACGGCGGGUCGCAGGUCAAGAGAAUUUCGCCUACAGGAGAGGGUGGUAGCAAAGGGAGGGUCACAGGAGUGGUCAGGUUGCCGACGAAGAACAUCACUUGUCCGGUGUUUGUGGGCACCGAGCUGUUCAUGACAAGUGCGAAGGAUAAGAGUGGGAGUGGGGAUGAGAAGAGUGAGAAGUACGGUGGGAGUCUCUUUAGGGUGGAUGUUGGGGUUGAGGGUAUGAAGAAGCCGGAGGCUGUCUUGGACUGA